CAGCCGUUGGAUGAAACGGUCUAGGCGCGGGUUUGGGGAAAGGGAAUUUCUAGGUUUCCUACCAUGGAGCAGGGAUUGUUGAGCCCAAAUGGUGAGUAUGCGCUUGGUGAUAUCUACAAGGCCUGGGAUCUUAGACGCCACUGGAUUAUACGGCGCCAGUUCUUGAUGAAUCUUGUGAAUCACUGCUUCACUCUAUAUGGAUUUUAUGUAGCUACCAUAUAUUGGCCCCCUCAGUUAUCUGCAGAAGUGGGAUGCCUUGCCUUCAUAGUGAUCACAUUCUUCACAAUGCUUUUGUAUCUCCUCUUUGGUCGAAAGAAACCCGUUACAUAUGGUUUUCUUGUUGGAGGCAUCAGUGGUAUCCUUUCCACAAUGAGCACAGAUCCAAGGGUGGUGAUCCCACUGGGGCUAAUAUUUUUCUGUGGAUUCUACACUCCGGCAAUACAACUGGCUCCUGACGAUUGGUACGACGGGGCCAGUUGGUUCGUCAUGACCGUGAUCUUCACCACAAGGUGUCUGCUGUACAUCGGUUCUUGUGUUGUGGCCGCGGCUGCUCCACCGCUGGGAUGGAAAGCACAAGCCACUCUACUCUUGGGGUGCAGCGCUGCAAUUGUCUACGCCAGCCUGCUUCAUGACUACAUGCUGCAGUCUCCAAGUGAAGCUCUAGAGGGCUGCUGCGAUGGUUUGGCAAGGCUGCAACCAGUGGAUACAGUUGAUAAGGACAAGCGGCAUGCCGUGCGACAAGAGAAGGCCAUUCAAGCCUUGAGGGAGUUUGCCGAGGCAACAGGGAAUACUUUACCAGAAAAUCUCAAGAGCCUCAAGGCACCGAAGUGAAUAUUAAUAUUUGUGGCUACUGUUAGACUUGAAGGGUGUAGACAUUCAGUUCCGAGAAAGCCUUGUUUACGUCUGGUACUCAUCGCUGCUUGCCUAAAAUGCUUUGUAAUUUUCCUCUUCAAGUCCGAGUUUUAUUUAUUAUAACAUAAAUGUUUCAGCUA